UGCCCCACAGAGCAUGGCGAACAAAGAAGAAGAACUGAACAAUGGAUCCGUGGAAGUACGAUAAGCGCCGAGGACGCCGCGCUGAGUCGCACACGUCGCUGUCAGAAAACACCGAGCAGAUUCUCUCUUCAUGGGGCAUCCACAUGUACCGACGCUACCACGGCGAAGGAGCCAACAUAUCCGGAGCACCUGCCACUGGGGAAGAGCGCAUGACAACGAACAAGGCGGUGCGGUUUGCCACCGCGGCGAGCACCGAGCAGCUCCUCUGCUCGUCGUCUCAAGUGCUGCGCGAAGAAAACGAGGACUACAGCAGCGACACUAGCGAGAGAAACCACAGCGUGCCUUACGCGCUGAUCGCCCUAAUCAGCGGUCUGCUCAUGGCCUCCACUGGCAUCGUCCUGCUGCGAACGAGACCCGCCCUCGAUUUUAGUCAGCAGCCUAAGGGUAACUACGCCGGAGUGAGGUCGGCAGCGCACCACGUGAUUACCGGCCGGAUGGCUCCGGCUUCACAGACACCGCGGAGGACACCAGCGAUUGCGACCGGUGGAUCAUUCCAAAACAAGAGUACGCCUUCAUUGGAUAAAAUAGCGGCGACGGAAUCAAGCAGCGACUUAGAGGAGCGGCACCUAUGUGACGUCGUGCUGUACACGUACUGUCCGAAGCCUCGACGGGAGUUUGUCUUUGACCCGCUGUCGAGAACUUGCAUGCCGGCCGCGAAGCACAGCAUAGAACUGUGCAACCAAAGCCCGAACAGGUUCGACACCAGAGCAGAGUGCAACGCGGCCUGCGUGGAAACGGAGCGACCAUCCGGAAAAUGCUUCGACAGGCCUGUCUUCUCAAAGUGUCAACGCCACGAGAUAAAGUACAGCCCGUGGAUCUUCGACGGCUACGCCUGCCGCCCGUGGCACUUCCCAGCGGGCAAGUGCCCCUCCCACAACGGCGACAUCUUCGCCGGCCAGAGCGACUGCUCGGCGCAAUGCAUCAACGGCACGAGCACUUGUCUGACACCCGGAGCGCAAGCAUGCCCGUUCAAGGAGUUCAGAUUUCCGUACUUCGCGGUUCCCGCAGAUGCCGGGUCUCGGCGAUUGCGUUGCUCGCGGGCCUCGGCCUUCGUACUUCGUAUGCACCGCUGCCCGACCGGCACCAACCGGUUCAGAACGGCGGAGUCCUGCAAGAUGGCCUGCUCGGACGGCAGACAUGAGGACCAGCAGUGACGAGUCCAAGUCUCACGCUGUGUGGUUGCAGCCUAUGCGUUCGACCACGCCUUCUAUAGUGAUAACGCAAGCAGGGGGAUAGCGCGCAUAAUAUAUUACAGGCACAACACAUAGACGAAAA